UUACCUGUACUGGUCACUGAGGAGGAAAACAACCCCUUCCACCAUGCUCAUAUCGAUGUUGCCAAUAAAGAUACAACCAGAGCACCGAGAGCUCAACUUUUUGAUGAUCCAGAAAAAGGAGAUAAAUCAUUCUUCUAUCGCCAGGUAGCACUUGCUCUGGAACAAACAGAUUUCUGUGAUUUUGAAAUCCAGUUCGAAAUCGGUCACAAUGCUAUUCAUUCUUGGGUUGGAGGUAGUAGUCCAUAUGGUAUGUCAACCCUUCACUAUACUUCCUAUGAUCCUCUCUUCUACCUUCAUCACUCCAAUACUGAUCGUAUUUGGUCUGUAUGGCAAGCAUUGCAGAAGUAUCGAGGAUUGCCUUACAACUCUGCCAACUGUGAAAUCAAUAAACUUGCUAAGCCACUGAAGCCAUUCAAUUUGGAUAGCAAUCCUAACGCUGUUACAAAGGCUCAUUCAACUGGCAAUAAAGUUUUCGAUUAUCAUGAACUUGGUUAUGAUUAUGACAAUCUUAAUUUCCACGGUAUGACCAUUCCUGAAUUGGAAGAACACCUUCAAGAAAUACAACAUGAAGACAGAAUAUUUGCUGGUUUCUUACUUCGUACCAUUGGUCAAUCUGCUGAUGUCAAUUUCGACAUCUGCACCAAAGAUGGCGAAUGUACAUUUGGAGGCACGUUCUGUAUUCUCGGUGGAGAACAUGAGAUGUUCUGGGCAUUUGACCGUCUUUUUAAAUAUGAUAUCACCACAAGUUUGAAACAACUACGUUUACAUGCUCAUGAUGAUUUCGAUAUAAAGGUUACUAUUCAAGGUAUCGAUGGUCGUACUUUACCAAAUAAGUACCUCACUCCUCCGACAAUUUUCUUUGUUCCAGCUAAAUAAUAUUAUCAAGUGAUGUAAUCAUUUAUAUGAUUUAGUAAAUCUGUACAUUUUUUUUUCUCAUUGAUAAUGAAGAAUUUCUUUUUAGUUACUUUGUACAUUUUCAAUCAUUAAAUGAUAUAUCCAG